AUGCCCGCUUCCCCGCUCCCAGGGGCCUCGUCGCCGCUGAACGAGGCCGGAUGGCGGCGCUCCCAGUUCACGUACCGCCAGCUCUCGCAGCUCGCAUCGUCCAACACGUCGUGCCCGCUGCGCGUCGUCGCCCACAUCGACCUCGAUGCUUUCUACGCCCAGUGCGAGAUGGUCCGGCUCGGCACACCAGAGGACAAGCCGCUUGCGGUGCAGCAAUGGCAGGGACUUAUCGCUGUCAACUAUCCAGCCCGCGAAUUAGGUAUUGGACGCCACUGUAAUGUCGACGAGGCAAAGAAACUAUGUCCCGACCUCAUUGCUCAGCACGUGGCCACAUGGAGGGAGGGCGACGACAAGUGGGCAUACCGGGACGAUGCCGCUGCCAACAUAGCAACCGACAAGGUCUCGCUUGACCCCUAUCGACUCCAGUCGAGAAAGAUCUUGGCAACGAUCAAGGACGCACUGCCUCCUGACCUGCAGAAGGUGGAGAAGGCAAGCAUCGACGAAGUCUUCCUGGACCUCUCCAGUCAAAUCCAUUCGAUCCUCCUAGAACGGUUCCCCGAGUUGAAGAAUCCACCACCAUACGAUGACCCCACCGAAAGACUCCCGCUUCCAUCUAUUGUUGCUCUCGACUGGCAAACCGAUGCCUUGGUUGACCUGGAUGAGGAACAAGAAACGAUCGAUCCUGACUGGGACGAUGUCGCGAUAUUGAUUGGAUCAGAGAUUGUUCGCAAAGUGAGGGCCAAGGUACGACAAGACUUGGGGUACACAUGCUCGGCAGGAGUAGCCAGCAACAAGCUUCUCAGCAAGCUGGGAUCCGGUUACAAGAAACCCAACAAGCAGACCGUUGUACGCAGCCGAGCCGUGUCGUUCUUCUUGUCUGGGUUCAAAAUCACCAAGCUACGGAAUCUGGGUGGUAAGCUGGGCGAACAGAUUGUUUCUACGUUCAACACGGAGAGUGUCACCGACUUGUUGGAGGUACCGUUGGCAAGCAUGAAGUCAAAGCUUGGACAUGAUACUGGGUUAUGGAUCUACAACACUAUCCGGGGCAUCGACACCAGCGAGGUCAACUCACGCACUCAGAUCAAGUCGAUGUUAUCAGCCAAGUCAUUCCGCCCUUCCAUCAGCUCCCAGGAACAAGCUGUGCGUUGGUUGAGGAUCUUCGUCGCUGACAUCUUUGCUCGCCUUGUUGAAGAAGGGGUACUGGAGAACAAACGACGACCUCGGACUAUCAACCUGCAUCAUCGCCACGAAGGACAGGUAAAGUCACGGCAAAGUCCCAUCCCUCAGGGCAAAGCGUUGAAUGAGGAGAGUCUGCUUGACUUAGCCAAGGAUCUCCUGGGACAGAUCAUUGCUGAAGGUAGGGUCUGGCCCUGCGCGAACCUUAGUCUCAGUGUUGGUGGAUUUGAAGAUGGUGUCAAGGGCAACAUGGGAAUUGAUGCAUUCCUGGUCAAAGGGGAGGAAGCCGAAGCCCUUCGGUCGUCGACCCCCGAGAGCCGCCCGGCAUCUACGGGAUCCGAACACGCUGUGAAGAAGCGCCGGGUUGAGGAUAACGGUAUCCAGAGGUUCUUUGCAAAGAAACCAUCCGGCAACCAAAGUCCCUUCUACGCGCCUGCCAUUCCUCAACAUCAAUCCAAGGCCAAUCCGCCUCCCUCCAACAUUGACGCCUUCGGUUCGAAGCAUGAAUAUAAUACCGGCGGUGAAACCGACAUCUCCAUGCGCCAAAACGACGCAUCAGAUGCAGCCAUUCCGGAUGCGAGCUACUCUGCAGACAUGCAAGAAGAUUGCAACCAACCGACUCUCGCUGAUUUGCUUGUAUGCUCUCGCUGUAAGACCAGCUUCGGGGACCCAGACGCGCUGCAGAGCCAUGAGGAUUGGCACAUGGCCAAGGACCUCCAGGAGGAGGAACGUGUCAAGCCUACAUUCGCCCAACGGCAAGCCGCUCCACGUAACUCGUCACAAAAGACGCAGGGAACCUCAUCAAGACGCGGCCGAGGAGGGAAGCUGGAGCAAGGACAAAGUCGGCUCAAGUUUGGCUGA